GUGUGUGUGACCUUGACAUCUAUCCUAUUACUAUAGUGUCUGCGUCUCUUGGACUAUGCCACAGUCAGCAUAUGAGUGAUCCAUUUUAUCAAUAACUGUGUACAAAGUUACCGGCAAUAUUUCUAUGAGUAAUCAAUACUUAGUUGCGGAUAAAUGGGUUUAAACUUAAGUGUAGCAAUUAUUUUAAUGAUUUAAAUUGUGAUUGGAAGUUGUUCGUCAGGAUUGACACGAGUGGAACGUGUAGUGGACUGUGGAAAGAAAAUAAAAUAGCAAGAAUGGAUAGUUGAGUCAAAUUGAGUGAGAUCAAGUGUGUUGUAGUGAGUUGAUAAAUAAUAAUAAAUUAUAAGUAGUGCAGUGAUGUCGGUGUUCAGUGUAAAGUGGUUGGUGCUCUGGUCGCUGUGGGCUGCUCGCCUGGUGCGCCAGCCCACCGUGACCCUGCAGCUCAGCAACGGCCCCGUGAGGGGGAGCAUCUCCCCUGAUGGCUCCUUCAGAAGUUACCUCGCCAUACCGUACGCUAGUGUUCCGCAUCGGUUUCAGGCUCCUGGCCCAGAACCCACGUGGGAGAGUAUUUAUGAAGCCAUCAAUGAGAAUGUGCGAUGUACGCAGAGCGUGGAGGACUCCUUCACAGUCGGUACUGCUGACUGCCUCUCCCUGAACGUGUUCACUCCCAUCGACGCCAGCCCCGACUCCAACCUGCCCGUCAUGACGUUCAUCCACGGAGGAGGGUACUUCAAAGGUUCAGGGAACAUGAUCUUCUACGGGCCGAGGUACUUAGUACCCAAAGGUGUGAUCCUUGUCACAAUCAACUACAGACUGAACAUACAAGGGUUCCUCUGUCUCCGCAUCAAAGAAAACCCUGGCAAUGCAGCAAUGAAGGACCAGGUCGCUGCACUACGGUGGGUGCGCAGGAAUAUUAGGAAGUUUGGUGGAGACCCCGAUAACGUCACCAUUUUCGGGGAGAGUGCUGGAGCUGCGUCAGUCUCCUUUCACCUCUACUCUCCAAUGUCGAAGGGACUUUUCCACAAAGCAAUUACUCAGAGUGGAUCAGCUUUGGCUGCGUGGGCAUAUCAGUACAAACCAGUGUACCUGGCCAGUUUGUUGGCCAAGGUGAUGCUGUACGAGUCUCAGGAUCCACACGAGCUGUACAAGUACUUCAUGACAAAGUCGGACGACGAGCUCAUCCUCACCAGGGUACCGAGGGCAGAGGGCAAUACUGUCAUCUCUGAAAUAUUAUACACACCGUGUGCUGAAAUACCAAUAGAAGGAGAAGAAGCAUUCCUCACGGAGCCACCAUUCGAACUGCUGGAGAAAGGAGCGUAUAAUAAAGUUCCACUUAUAAUAGGAACUAACAAUGAAGAAGGUUUAUUGAUCAUCAGUAUGGACAACAGCACAAUGGUACCUCGGUUGGAAUUCGAAAAGUCUUUGCCAAAGAAUUUGGAGAUCCCAGACAAGAAGACUAAACAAGAGGUGGCAGCAGAGUUACAGAAGAUGUACAUGGAGGGAGAUGAUAUAUCCAUGGAUUCUAUAGUGAAAAUAUCGAGAUGGUACGGGGAGCCGAAUUUGAACUUCCCUUCGUUGGCUGAGACGGAGAUGCUGCUGAAGACGUCUGAUCAGCCAGUCUACAACUAUUUCUUCCAGUACUCGGGCUGGAGGAACAUCCCUAAGAUGUUUCUGCCAAAACAAGUGAAGGCGGCGGCUGGUGCCACUCACGCAGAUGAUCUCUUCUACAUGUUCUCACACGAGAUUUUCGCUUCGAACUUCGAGAUGAAAAUGAUAGAUCGUGUGACUACCAUGUGGACAAACUUUGCUAAGUAUGGGGAUCCUACUCCCGAAGGGUCCAGCCUCCCCAUAAAGUGGUUGAGGACGAACAGUUCCACCCCGACCUCCCUGGUGAUAGACGAGGAGUUCCACACCGCGCCGCUCUGGUACAACACCAGGGUCUCCUACCUUCGGGAGCUGUACUCCAAGUUCAGGAGAAAAGAUACCAACAUUGUUCGAUAGCGUAGUUAUCUAGAAAUUAUUAUUUAAUUUUUAAUUGGUAUGCUGUUUACCUAGUCAUGUUUGUUUACUAAGUAAAAUAAUUUUAAGACUUGGUUGUGAAUUAAGUAUUGGGGAUUAAUAUUUUGAUAUUAUUAGGGAGUAUAAGAAAGCGAGAGAUGAUUAGCAGACGCCAUAGCAGAAUUAGUUCCCGCCAACGAGCCGAACUACCGCCAUUUGGCACAACUAGGGCUCCUUUAUCUAUUGACCUCUGCUCGUAAACUGAAGGGACACUCGAGUGCAUUCUCUAAUUAGGGCAGCCAGGACCUUCCGAGGGUCGACCAAGUGGAACUUUGGACAUUCCCCGACCAGGAAUUAUUUAUUUUAUUGCCGGAAUGAAAAGUCACCGAUGCGUUGAGAGUUCCUUCAGAGAAUGUCUUGGGCUUUCAUUAAUUUUAAAACUCCAUUAAGGAACGUUGGUUUGCAUUAAAAAACAAGUUCCAUUAAAAUGUUCAUGCAUUUAUAUUGUUCAGCGAACUGAUUUAGAAAUUAAAAUCGUUUGCCGAUAAA